AUGGGGAGGACACCAACCCAAGUCCAACGGCACUCGCCUGAGACCUCCCUGCUCGUCGUCUCAGGACUACGUUUGGUGGUUUCAGGAGCAGCGCUCCCAGCAACGGGCCACCGCCAGCCACGAGCUCGGCCAAAGACAUGGCAGGGCAGAGAGUCACCACACUUCGGUCUGCUGUCUGAGGUCGCCAGUCGCUUAGACAAGGACGUCUCCAGCCGGAAAACGGUGGUCCACACGAUUUCACAAGCAGAAGCGCAGGAGCCCUGCGUCCAGUCUCUGUCUGGCAGACUGAACUCUCAGAGCUUGCCUCAGCGCACCAGACGGCACGAGGCAAGCGGCCCGGGUUUUGGCAAGUGCAGUGUGUGCAGUGACGACCCGUGGGCAGGCAAGGAGCAGCUGCUUCACAGGGCCUCCUUGCUCCGGCAUCUGGAGAGCUCGGGUGUCCAACAAGGCACUGCAGGGCCGCAGUGCAAAAGGACCCCCAGCCAUGCCUUUCACCUCGAAGGUCCGAAGGCACUUGCAGAAGCUGUCUGCUGGUGCUUCGGUGGUGCGGAACGGGCCUUCGAUCAGCUUUCGAGAUCCUUUGGCGACAAGGUGGGCCUUCUCCAGCUUUCUGGGCUGCUGGCUUUACUGGAUCUUGACCUUGGGCUCCUCACGGGCGUGCAGGAGCUGGCUGCGUUGGCAGAGCUCUUGGAAGAGAAAACCCUUCCCGUGGCGGCGCUUGUGCGCGGCACGGCCACGAUUCCCGGGACCACUGGCGCCGAUGCCGCUCAGGUGAAGUGGGCCCAGGUCGGCCGCUUCCUGGUGCUGCGCACGCUGCGGGAGCGCGUUCUUCGGCGCUGGUGCAAAGCUGAGCCAGGAAUGCCCGGGGAAUCGACACAGCCAGCUGCAGCCCUGAUCUUGGCUCCGGACGGUGUGCGCAUGUAUGGAGCAGAGCUCCAUGUGAACGUUGAACAUGGGUUAGUCCUGAGGUGCGCCGAUGGCUUGUCUCUGACUGUUGGAACGAUACAGGAGAAGAUUAGCAUGGCCACUUUCGACUCGCAGGACAAUCCGAACUCCAGUGCAGCUGGCACUGUGAUGAACGGUGUUCCUCCUUCCAUGAGGGGCUCACAGAACAUGGAUGGAGAGACAGAACUGUGGGAUUGUACUCUUCAGGAGGCUGGGAUUUGGUACUCAUCGUACUUGCGAUUGGAUGCUCUAGGUGCGUGCGUUAGGCACAAUCUGCAGAUCGAUUCAAACCCAGACGAGACGAAGGCCUUGGACCUUAUUCGCGAGCUGGAGGAUAUAAGGUUGAGGAGGUUUGAGGAGGAGUUGCAGGAGCUUGAGUGCCACAUGCAUGCCUUGGAUAAACCACUGAAUCCCACUGAGGCAGUUCAACGGUACAUUGAUUCGGGCGAUAGGGGUGAUGCCUUGAGGGCUAUCUUCUGUCAACCGUACCUCCGGGAUCUUCCAGAGGAGUUGAAGGUUCAACUAGCCGAGCAGUUGCCUGGUAUGACAGAGACGGCCGGUAAGCAGAUCCUUAAGCGACUCCCGUUGAAGCGAGCCAAGCGCCGAGCCCUGUUGGCAUCUAACCAUUGGGUGGUGCAUCUGUGUUCAGGCUCCGAGGUGAGUGAUGAUCCACUCAAGGCUUGGACCCAGGAACAAGGUUUUGAGCUUUUGCAGGUGGAUGUGCUAUCUGCGGGUGGAAAGGGUUGGAAUCUGCUGAAGAAUUACGGUGUUUGGUCAGUGCUGCUGUGGGCAGCUGCGUCGGGACGUAUUUCUGCGAUACUGGCCUCUCCACCAAAGUCUUCCUUUGAGGCCAAGUCUCCACUGGCGGUACAGGACAUGUUUCUUUGGACGGUGGCAUCCGUUGCUAAGGGCCGGGGAGUUCCCUACUUUAGGUGUUCGAACCUUCCGGUUGGGGACGAGGGCCUGAGACAGGCGUGGAUUGCCUGGUCCAGGAUGGCUGAGGUUCCUCAGACUCCUAAAUCAGAGGGACUUAUUCAUAUUGUUCCAAUGUCCGUGAUCACAAACCUGCCACUGCAACAUUUGGCUACCGAGUCCUUUGAGUUUAUGGGUAAUGGUAGACAGAGUCACAGUAGGGCGUGCGGCAGGUGGACAAUGAGGUUGAGGUCUGAGGUUGUGCAAGCCCUCAGAGGUCGAGUGCCAUGUCCACCUUGUCAUGAGCUUGACAAGGUUAUAUCUGACGGUUUGAAAUCUGCUUCAUCAAAGGGGCAUCAGGAUGCUUCGGGUAGUAAUGAAGGUUUGGAUCCUCGGGUUGAGGUGGUGGGAUCUGCCGGACCUGAUAAGGAUGGGGUUAGUGAUAAUCCAAGAGGAUUGAAACCUCAUGAGGCCUCCGAGUGGCGAGCGCACAUUGCAAAUGGCCAUGUUCCUUACCGACGCGACUGUAGGUUUUGCAUCGAGGGAGCGGGGCUUGGGAUUCAACAUCGCCGUGUGAAGUUUCCUCAGUCCUUCAGUUUAUCCGUGGAUUUAUUCGGUCCUCUUCCAAAGGGAGAGCAUGGUCGCGAUGAGCAAUCGGUAUCAGGUAAUCCGCACGUCAAAUACGGCCUGGUGGGUGCCUUCAGGGUACCUAGAUCUGUUGUCGUGCAAGCGUCCCUACCACAGGAUCCCCAUGGGGUGGCUGAUCUUUUCCCUUCGGAUGUGCUUCUAGAUGAAGACUUGGAUGAGUACGAACCAUCGGUUCUGGAUGAUGGGGAAUUCGAUGACCGUGAUGGGGGACCUCAGCCUGAGUUGGAGUCUCACUCUGAGUUGUUCCGAAAUGAUGAUGGAAUUUUGCCUAGUGCAUCAGCCCAAGCGGUUGAUGGAUCGAACGAGCCUGAAGGGUUAGAGGUUGCUGAAUCCUUGGAGGAUUGGGGUGAUAAGGAGCUUCCUUCCGAUAAGGUUGAGUUUGAGCGGUUGGUGGAAGAGCUGAGUAAGCCAGUCGACAUGGUGGUGUUGCGCUACUUUGUUGCGCUGAAAUCCAAAACCGGGGCAGAUGUUGCCAAUGGUAUUCAGCGUAUGAUACUCUCCAUCAAUAAGAAGUAUCCUGUUCAAAUCCUUCAUUGUGACCAGGGAACUGAGUUCACUUCUUCUGGACUUAACCGUUGGAUGACUGAACACUCAGUGCGAGUUCAGCAUUCAUUGCCAACAGACAAGAAGGCGAACGGUCUUGCCGAGCGGACCGUGGGUUGGGUUAAGUCUAGGGUUAAGACUCUCAUCACGUCGUCCAAGAUUGAUGUAAGGUUUUGGCCUCUCGCUGCAAGAUGGGCUGUGGAGUCGCAUAAUCGCCGGGUUCAUGGAGAGCCCUCACUUCCUGCAUUUGGGCAAGAUGUACUCCAUAAGCUAAAGCGUCCCUCUGGAGCGAUCAAGGAUUUUUCACCGCGCUGGAUUAUGACCAGGUAUAUGGCCCCUCACAUUUCGGUUCCUGAUGGACAUGUGCUUCUCACAGGGGAUGGCAACUUAGUGUCUUCAAAGGGUUUCCGCUCUGGGGUAAUAGAUCCAAGUGCCUUAGAGGAAGCCAAGGUCCCACCUAUCCAGGAGGAGUCUGACGAUUUGGACUUAUUCGGGGAUGAGGAGGAGCAUGAGUCUCUCUCCGUCCCGUUGAGGAGAGUCACCGGUAAGUCCUCGAUUCGCUUUGUUGGGUAUGAUGAGUCCACCGAUUCGGAGGCUUUGGCCAUCUCUGCUAUGAUUCGGGAAGGGUUUGACAAUGAAACAUUCGCGAAGAUUGUUGAUCAUGUCAUCGGGACGGUCCAGCCUACGCCUGAUCGCAGGGGUGAGUUUGAUGAUCGGAUUGUGUCGGGUGCCUAUUGCCACGGAGGCAUUAGAGGCAUGACUAAGCUCACGCAUCAAAACCCUAACCUUACUAGGUAUGUGAAUAGCUUUCUGAGGAGUAGGUUGAAAAAAGGGGAAGGGGAUUGCCUUGUUCCUUCCUGGACCGCGCUCAUGAUCAUGCGCGCUGCGGAUGUUCCUGUACACAAGGACUUUCGUAAUGAAUGGGGCUCCCUCAAUCAUUUGGUACAUGUGCCUGGCAUCCUUAGGCUGUGGGUUCAUCCGGAUGAUGAUGUUCGGAAAGGUGUCUUACCCGAACCGGAUUGGGAAUCACCGAGUUGUGUGACGCUGGCUAACGAGGCCACGGUGUUUGAUGCCAGGAAACCGCAUGCAGUCCAGAAGACGCCGGAUUGGGUGAUUGUGGGUUAUACACCUCUUGGCUCGCGUAAGAUUGAUGAGGUUGUUAGGGUCAACUUGGAAGGAUUGGGGUUCACCUUUGGGUGUAGCGAGCAGGUCACUCCUAAGGUCAGAAUGGUUCUGCAAGAGGACUCAAGCUCGAGUGGCAACGAGUCUAGCCCGGAACAUGGCCAAGGGGAAGCUGCUUCAGUUGACAUGUAUCCCACUCCACUUGAAAGUGACCUGCAGGAAGAUGCAAACACACCCAUCAUAGGCUGGGAUUUUACCAAUGGUAAUCCUGGAGGUUUCCCUCAGUUGAGUACUGAAAACCAGGAUCUGUUAAGGUUCUUGCGCGAACGGGGUGUUGAGUGGAUGUGUGGGAAAUUGAAGGCUUUGGGAAUUGAAACCCCCGAAGACCUGACAUUCCUGUUUCUAGAGGAUCUGAUUGAGUUUGGGAUUCCGGAGCAGGAUGCAAGGCGGGCUUUCAUUGGAAUACAUCCUGUUGGUAUCCACCGUCCUGAUAACCCGAACAACUGCGGUCUCACUACGGGAGAGGUUAGGUUGUUUGACCGGCAGCAGCGCCAGAUACCAUGGAUCUUUCAGAAUAGGACUUUAGGAUAUAAGAAUCCCCCUCCACCGAUUCCGGGCUUGGGUGUGAGAACUGAAGGUCGCGACAAUGGCAGAAAUCAAAGGGAUCCUUACUAUGAGGAUUGGGUUGAGCUGAAUGAUCCAUACAACGUGUAUGGAGCUCACUCACCUCAGGGUACACACGAUGUCCAACAGCCUAGUAGUAGCAGCGAUCGUCCCCCUGAGAUUCCGUUUGCUCUAGAUCUCUUUGAGGAGUCAUCUCAUUCACAGGCUCAUGAUGAAGUUGCUAGUGGUUCAACUUGUAUUCCAAAUUACGGCUCACAGCCCGAUGAGGGAUAUGGUCCACAUGCACUUGAGAUGUUGAGAUUGCAGCGGAUUUGGGACGAGGAGUCUGAGGAGGAGUGUGAUUUGCCUCCUUUGCAGGUUGCCGCUGACGCGCUUGAGACGAACCCAGUAAUCCCAACUGGGGUUGAGGUUGGUUUUGGUCCCGCUGAGAUUCCAUCAGAUCUCUUUGAGGAGUCAUCACAGUCAUCAGUCCAUGAGCACUUCGGGUGUAGGAUGUUGGAGGUCUCGAAUUCAGGUCAGGGUACAAGUGAGUUUCCUGGAAGACCGUCCUCGCCUGACCCAGGCAUAGGAGUACCUACCGGAGAUCCAAUUGCAGUGUUCAGGGAGCGUGCCUAUGUGAGAGGCUCUUCAGAGGUACACUUCACGCCAGAGGCUAAACGCGUUGAGGAGGACAUGUACACUCCUGACGUUGAGUCUAUCUUGGAGGGAUUGACAUCCUCUCUAAGGGUGGUACACAAUGUUGCACCUUCAGAAGUCAAGAAUCAUCUUUCAAAGUGGCAUCAGGCGGCCUUGUCUGAAGUGAAUGCCUUGGAAGGCAUGAAGGGAAUUCGCCGGUUGGUUGGAGAGGAAGCGGUGCGAGAGUCAAGGAUGCCUGGUACGCAAAUUCUCCCUGCCAAGACGGUUUUCACGGUUAAGCCCGGGUCCGGUAAGGAUCUGUUCAGACGCAAAUGCCGUGUUGUAGCAUGCGGGAACUUCGAAGCCAGGGAUGCUGUCACUGAUGUUUAUGCAAGCGGUAUUCCCGCGGAUGUCCUUCGAGCGUGUCUCAUUGAAGCAUCGGCGCGGAGCUACGGAGCUUACAUCACUGAUGUAAAAAAUGCCUUUCUCCUGGCGUCGAUUCCAGAAUCUGAAAAGGUUCGCAUUCUCCUUCGCCCGCCGCGAAUUCUUGAAUUGCUUGAGAUUACCCAGCCUGGGGAACUAUGGUACGUGGAGCGGGCCAUUUAUGGCCUACGUCAGUCGCCACGUUGGUGGCAGGACCACAGAAACGCAGUCUUGAGUGGAGCGCGCUGGCAGACGGACCACGGUACUGUUCGCCUCGUACAAUCCAGCAUCGAGAGCAAUCUUUGGACACUGGUUACAGAUUCCAAUCAGACGGUCGGGUACGCAAUCGUCUACGUAGAUGACCUGAUGAUUCUGGCCAGUCCGAAGGACGCUGAACUUGCCUAUGCUUGGAUUCGAAGUACUUGGGAGUGUACUCCCCUGCAGGCCGCUUCGCCCGAUGAUCCAAUCACAUUCCUUGGAGUGGAAAUUCAUGUGGAGACCACAGAGUCUGGAGCGAAGGGCUUUGCCUUGUCACAAAAGGGAUAUGUGGAUGAGUUGAUGCGAUCUUAUCAACUUCCUGCAAGGGUACGAGCCAGUCCGCUGCCGCGUGAGUGGGUCAAAGAACUUCCGGAGGAGGAGGCCUAUGAUCCAGACACCCUUCGUCGGGCUCAGAAGGUGACAGGUGAAUUACUAUGGAUCUCGCAGAGAUCUAGGAUUGACAUCGCCUAUCCAGUGGCCUUGAUGGGAUCAUGGUGUACACGUUCGCCAGGGCUGGUUGUUAAGAUGGGUCUUAGGAUUUUGGAAUAUCUUGGAUCCACCAGUGAACACCGCCUCUCGUUGACACCGGAGCCAGAUGCUGAAAGGCGGAUCAAGGUAUACACAGAUGCUUCAUUCUCUCCGUAUGGCAGUUUUUCAGUCACAGGAGUGUUGAUCAUGUACUUGGGCAAGGUGGUACUAUGGAAGGGGAAGAGACAAACGAUUGUCUCUUUGUCUACGGCUGAAGCUGAGCUUGUUGCUGCCUGUGAGGGAACGGUUUUAGGACAGAGUGUCCAGGCUUUGGUAGGUGAGUUUACUACAGGCUUGGGUCCUAUGCUUUUGCUAGUGGAUAAUGUAGCGGCUAUCACUAUUGCUGAAGGUGGUGGCUCUCUGCGCACACGUCACCUAAGAGUAAGAGGCAACUUCAUUAAAGACUUGAAUGACCGAAAAGAGCUUGAAGUUGUACACUGUCCAGGCGACGUGCAGCUUGCAGAUGGCCUGACAAAGGUUUUGCCUCCCCCAAGACACCAAACCCUAAGUGGUUUAGUGGGUUUAGGACCCGCUAGGACCCUAGGACACGUAGCUGCAGUUGCUGCUCGGGACCCUGUGAGUCCCCGAGCUGCCGGUGCGGGUGCAAACGGUGGUGCUGUUGGUGGAGUUCUGAUGACCUUGAUCCUUCUCUUGCAGUUCUUUGAGAAUGAGGCUGCUGAUGAAUCCUCUGUGGAUGAACCCUUGAGUCUUGAGUUGAGUGCUCUUGUGCUGAUGUUGGUUUUAUCUAUACUCUUCAUAUGGGAAACAGGGAAGCAAUGCCUUAGGGUUUGUCUUAGGCCCUCGGUUGCAAGUGUUCAGUCCGUUAGGCCGGAAGAAGAUAAUACCCCUGUAAGUAGCCGUAGGGCGCGGAGACAAGAUGCUGUUAGAAGGGCUAUUGAUAGGGAGGUUCCAGGUUUGAGGAGGAGGAAUGUAGACGAGUCGUCGUCUUCGUCUGCAGUGCCUGAGGCCCCUCCAUCACCCCUAGUGUAUGUAGAUGCUAGGCCGACUGCACCGGAGAUCCGAGAGUCUCCAAGGUAUUCUGUGCUGGCUUCUACUCCUAACUACGGAGCGUUGGUUCCUCCACCUCCACCACCGCAGGCUCCUGGAUUUAAGGCCCCUUCUUCAGCACCACGUCAUGGAUUUACAGCUCCUUCCGUUACAUCUCAUCUUGGAUUUCAAGAACCAUCAGGCAGUGUCUCCCUUGAGGGACCGGCGUCGAGACUCUCAGUCCCGCAUAGAGGUUUGGGGGUUGAUUCACCGAGUACUCGGGAGAUUGCCGUACAGACUGAGGAGUCGAGAGGACUUUCUCAUGAAGAAUUAGGUAGGCUCCAAGUUGUAACUACAAGUAGUCGUACACCUGGAGCAGUGCAUCUUUUUCCUACUUGUCAUGCCCUUCGAGGAGUAGCCCAAACCCAGCGUAGGACCUUCUGUAGGUAUUGCUUGCAGGCAGCUUCUCGGACGGGCAUUUAG